AUGAGAGGCGUUCAACAAGGAGUAGAUUUCUAUCCUUCAGGUUCUGCUCUACUUUUUCUGGCACUCUCUGUGACUUAUCAAAUUCUACCAUCAACGCGGGCAUUCCCAAUAGAUUGCCAAAAGAACACUGCAGUCUGUUUAGAAAAAAUAACGAAGGACGUCACUCAAGUUCAGGAGAACAAAACAUUGGCGAAAUCUAAGAACUGUGUUGAGCUCUACUAUUCCGGUCAAAGGAUCAGCGGUGUUUACACAAUCGACCCAGAUGGCUCAGGUGCCUUUAAUGUCUAUUGUGACCAAACUACUUCCGGUGGGGGAUGGACAGUCUUUCAGAAGAGAAUGGAUGGCUCCGUUGAUUUUAACCGCACCUGGAAUAACUACAAAUAUGGCUUCGGUAACUUGCUCGGUGAAUUUUGGCUCGGACUGGACAAGAUAAACCGUCUGACACAAAACAAAACAAAGAACAUGCUUCGAAUAGAUCUGGGGGUAACUACGCGCCAAACUGUUCACGCUGAGUAUGAAUGGUUUGGGAUUGAGAAUGCGACGGCUGACUACCGCCUGUACAUUGGCAAUAUGACAAAUUCAACUGUUUCCUCUGACUCCCUCAAUCCUCACAAAGAUCUCAUUUUUGGUACCUGGGAUAGAGAUCCUGCCCAUUGUGCUCAAAAAAGAGGCGGAGGCUGGUGGUAUGGCAACAGUAGUGCUUGUGCUGUUUGGUCGAAUCUCAACGGAAUUUAUCCGCAUUGUCGAAAGGAAACCUGGGCCGAUAUCCAUUGGGGAAAAUUAGAUCCAAACAGUCCCGCGGGUAGCGCCCCCAUAUCAACUGAAAUGAAAAUUAGACCAGUGGAUCUUUUUUAAAAUUUUC